GGCCGACCAGAGCUGGGCUGGGCAGCGGCCUAAUAUGUGAAGUGUUUUGAAGAGGAUGGUCUAAGACCUUAGUUGCCUGUUCUCGCAUGACUUUCCCACAUUUGUCUUCUCAGCUAUCCAUCCAGACUAGUCUGUAUAUUUCCAAGAGGGACAGAACAUGAGGAAAUCUCUGGUGUUGGUGUCCUUUGAUGAUGUUUUUGUGAGCUUCACACGGGAGGAGUGGCAGGUCCUGGACAAUGCUCAGCGGGCCCUGUACAGGGACGUGAUGCUGGAGACCUACCGCAGUCUGGUGCUGUUGGGAGAGUGCAUCACUAAACCUGAGGUGAUCUUUAAGCUGGAGCAAGGAGCAGAGCCAUGGACGGGAGGAGAACCCCCAAACCAGAGUCCUCCAGAUGUCCAGGAAGUGGAUUACACAAUUAAGUCCAGCCACAACAGUGAAGGCAGACACUUGUGGCAAGUUGUUCUUACCACCAAUAACACAUCAGUUGAGGAGAGCAUCAAAUUUGGACUUGAGCUUAAAAUGCUUGAGUCAAAUUUUGGUCUGAGCUCAAACCAUUGGAGGAUUAUAAAUCCUGGAAACUCCUCAGCAGUGAAGCAUCUCCUUAAUGAGCCUGCUGAGCUGGGUGCUGGAGAGGAACUGGGCCAGUGUCAUCUAACUGGGAAAUCCCUGAGAUGUGAUGAGCAUUUUCGUCAGUAUUCCAAGAUUCUGACUGGGCAGCAGGAUUUUCAAUCUGGUACACAAUGGAAAGCCUUCACCAAGGAGGCAAAAUUAUUAAAAGAAUGUAUUACACAAGAGAAGGGUCCUAUGGGACAGGCCUGCUGGGAUCAUAUUGAAUCUGGGGAAGCCUGUGAGAAGCCUGCUCUCAUUGCUACAGUAGGAGGAAAACCUCUAUAUAAAAACUGUGAUCUCACUACACAUCAGACACACAUAAGGGAGAAAUCCUGUGAAUGUGGCAAAUGUGAGAAAGUCCUCAUUGUACAACAGAAGAACUGUUUAGAGAAAGAUCCCUGUGCAUUUGAUCAAUGUGAGAAAUCCUCCUACCGUAGGUCAUACAUUACUGUGCAGCAGAGUUUUUCUAGUGAGGAAAAGCUCUAUGAAUGUGAUGAAUGUGGAAAAGCCUUUCAGAGUAAGUCAGGCCUCAUGAAGCACAAGGGUAUUCAUACUUGGGGGAAGUUAUAUGCAUGUAAGGAAUGUGGGAAGUCUUUUUGCCGCAAGUCAGGUCUCACUAUUCAUGAGAAAAUUCACAGUGGGGACAAGCCGUAUCAAUGUACUAAAUGUACAGUAACCUUUUGCAAGAAGUCACAACUCCAGAGGCAUUGGCAAAGAAUUCACACAGACGAGAAACCCAAAGGUAGUAAUGAAUGUAAUGAAUGUGGAAAAUUUUUUCACCGAAAGUCACAUCUCAUAAAGCAUCAGCGUACACACACAGGUGAGAAACCCUAUGAAUGUGGUCAGUGUGGAAAAUUUUUUGGGCAGAAGAUACACCUCACAAAGCAUCAGCGCACACACACAGGUGAGAAGCCCUAUAGAUGUAGUUACUGUGGGAAAUCUUUUGGCCAGAAGAUACACCUCACUAAACAUGAGACAAUCCACACUAUGGAGAAGCCUUACAAAUGCAAUAAGUGUGGGAAAUUCUUUGGCCAGAAGACUUAUCUCAUUAAACAUCAGAUGACACACACUGGGGAAAAGCCCUACGGAUGUGAUCUUUGUGGAAAAUCCUUUGGUCAGAAGACUUACCUCACUAACCAUCAGAUGACACACACUGUGGAGAAACCCUAUAAAUGCAGUGACUGUGGGAAAUCCUUUGCCUAUAAGUCAUAUCUCGCUAAGCACCAGAUGACACAUACUGGGGAGAAACCCUAUGGAUGUAACCACUGUGGAAAAAGUUUUCGCCAGACUUCGCAUCUCAGCAAGCAUGAGAGAACGCAACAUGGGGGAGAAGCUUCUAGGAAAGUGGAAACUUGCUCAGAUCGCACCUCUGCAAGAAUCAGUGAGUUCACAUAGAAAAAAUCUUGUGUGGCAGAUAAUAGCUAUGUAUCCUUUGAAAACCAUUUCUUCUUCUUUGGGAUCCGUCUGUAUUUCCACACCUUGUUUUACUGUGGUCCAAGUUCUGUCUGGGGAAUACAAACACAUGUGGUGAGCACUAGUACAAGCCUGACAACAUAAAAACAAUGACUGUGAAGUCCUCAGGCUUCUCAUGUUUUAUGAGACUAAAGUGCUACUGACCCUCAGGCUGAUCUUAAAGUACAGGUGAGAGAUGGUCACCGAUUUAAGACAGAUGAGAAGAGAGAUUGUUUCACCUCUGUGUCAGAACCCUGUGUGU